UUGUGAUCCUGCUGCGGAAAUGCGAGGUGUAGCUAAUUAGCUUCGUAUUGCGUCGUUUCUCCAGUUUUUUCCUGCUUCUUUUGCGGACAAUGUUAACGGGCUACAGACACGACUGCCUAACAAAAUAAGGACCUUAAACUGUUGUACAAAAGGGCGAGAGGUGGUGAGGUGGCCUGCCCGAACGCAUUCGGUGGCGCCAGCUGACGGCGGGCGGCCGGUCUGAGCACGGGAGGCUGCCAUGGCGGGUCUGCUGGAGCAGUAUGAGCGGUCCUCGCAGGCGCCGGCGCCCGGCGGCAUGGCUGCCGGAGCGGCGGGUCGUCAGACAGUGGGGCCCAUCUUCACCAAGCAGAAGGUGAACUUCACGCCCACCUCGCCCACCACCCAUCUCGUGGUGGCCAACAACCAGCUGGUGAUCGCCAUGGCCAGCAAAACUCUGUUGAGGAUCGACCUGCUCAACCCGGAGACGCCGCAGGAGGUGGACCUGGCGCGCGACACGGCCGGCAGUCGGCUGCAGCACCUGUUCCUGGACCCGUCCGGGGCGCACCUGCUGGUGGCCACGGUGCCGCGCGAGGGCGACCUCUCCAACGCCGGCCUGCUCUACAUCGGCGGCCGCGCCGCCAAACCGCGCCCGGUGAGCCAGCUGCGGGGCCAGCUGGUGACGGCAGUGGGCUGGAGCCACACGCUGGCCACGCCGGCCUCCACAGGACCGCUGCUGGCCGGCAACUCGCAGGGCGUCGUCACCGAACUGGAGCUGAGCGGUGACGAGCGGCUGUUCUCGCGGCUCGAGCUCUACGUCAAACAGGUGCUGGAGGUGGGCGAGCAGCGCCCCUCGGCCGCUAUCACCGGUCUGGAGCACCACCGGGUGCCCGGCACGGACCGCUACCUGGCUCUGGUGGCCACGCCCGGCCGGCUGUACCAGUUUGUGGGCUCCGUGGCCAGCCACGACGCGCGGCCGCUGCUCGCCGGCAUCUUCACCACCGGCGGCCAGGUGUCAGAGCGGUUCCUGGAGAUCCCCAGCUCUCUGGCGUUCUCCCGGCUGGCCUUCUUCUACCCGAAGGUGGGCGGGCCGCCGGACCGGUUCGCCUGGAUGACCGAGCCCGGCAUACUCUGCGGAGAGCUGGACACGAGCGGCGCCGACACGAUCCUGGGGGAGACCAAGCUGAUCCCGCAGCCGGUGGAGGAGCCGGCGCCGGCCGGCUCCGGCCAGCGGCAGCCGCCGCGAGCCCUCGCCCUCACCCAGUUCCACGUGCUGGCGCUGCACGCGGCGCGCGUGCGCGCCACGUGCGUGCUGGACCAGCGCCACGUGUUCGAGGACCUGGCCAGCGAGGCCCACGGACCACUGGUGGCCCUCUGCCGUGAUCCGGUGCGCGGCACGCUGUGGAGCGCCGCCGAGAGGGCCGUCUACAAGUACCGGGUGGUGGACGAGACGCGGGACGUGUGGCAGGUGCUGGUACAGCAGGGCCAGUACGAGCUGGCGCGGCGCCACUGCCAGGAUAACCCGACAGUGGUGGACAAGAUCCUCACCCACCAGGCCGAGCACUGCUUCUCACUGGGAGAUUACGAGGCGAGCGCUCGGCUGUUCGCCGACACCCAGCGCCGUCUGGAGGAGGUGGCUCUGAAGUUUGUCGAGCGCCGCGAGUACGAGGCCCUCCGCCAGUUCCUCAUGACUCGUCUGUCGGCGCUGUCGGCCGGCGAGCGGCUGCAGGCGGCGCUGCUCGUGUUCUGGGCGCUGGAGCUCUUCCUGACGCAGCUGGGCCGUCUGAAGGACGCCGAUGACCCGGCCCGGCACCAGCUGCGCCAGCAGAUGAUGCAGUUCCUCACCUCGCACGAGGCGCUGACGCACGUGCAGCGGGCCCGGAAGGCGGUGUAUGACCUGAUGGCGCGCCACGGCGACGCGGCGGCGGUGCCGGAGCUGGCGCAGCGGCUCCAGGACUGGCAUACCGUGGUUCGCCACCACCUGCGCAGCGGCCACAUCACCAGAGCGCUGGAGACGCUGCGGGCGCACCCGGACCCGGAGCUGCUUUACCAGCUGGUGCCGCGGCUGAUCCAGGCCGAGCCCACGCUCACCGUCGACCUGGUGAUCGGCCAGGGCCGCAAGCUGCGCCCGGCCACGCUCAUGCCGCGCCUCAUCCUGGCCGACACGUCCGAGGAGCAGGGUCUGCAGAUUCUGCGCUACCUGCAGUUCUGUAUCGACACGUUGGGCAGCGCCGACUGCGUGGCGCACAACUACCUGGUCACGCUGUACGUGCGCUACCGGCCCGACCGGCUGAUGGACUACCUGCGCAGCCAGGGCUCCGACCGUCACUGCGUGCGCUACUCGCCGGGUCACGUGUUGCGCCAGUGCUGGACGCGCCAGCCGGCCGCCGCCGUGCACGUGCUGACCGUGGUCGGCCGGUACGAGGAGGCCGUCGAGCUCGCCCUCCAGCAUGACGUCACACUCGCCAAACAGGUGGCUAACCUGCCGGAGGAGGACGACACACUGAGGAAGCGGCUCUGGCUGGUGAUCGCCAAGCACACGAUCCAGUGCGACCGGAGCGUCCAGCGCACCAUGCAGUUCCUCUCGGAGUGUCCGCUGCUGAGGAUCGAGGACGUGCUGCCCUUCUUCCCUGAUUUUGUCACCAUCGACGACUUCAAGGAGGCCAUCUGCGACUCGCUGCAGUCGUACAACGAGCACAUCGGCGGCCUGCGCCAGGAGAUGGAGGAGGCCACGCGCGCCACGGACGUGCUGCGGCAGGAGAUCGCCGACUUCAGGCAGGGCUUCGUCACUGUGCAGGCGUCGGACGUGUGCCAGGUGUGCCGGCACCAGCUGCUGACCCGGCCGCUGUACGUAUUCCCCUGCGGCCACCGGUUCCACCAGGACUGCCUGACGGAGGAGGUCUUACCUCACCUGACGCCGGCGCAGCGCCAGACAGCCGCCGACCUACAGCACAAGCUGAGCACGCUGCCCGAGGACGAGGUGGCGGCGGCGGCGGCGGGCGCGGCCCAGGUCAGCCCGCGGGUGGUCGCCCGGGAGGAGCUGGACCAGCUGGUGGCCGCCGAGUGUCUCUACUGCGGAGACUAUCUGGUCAGGUGAGUGUCGCUGCUGCGGAGACUAUCUGGUCAGGUGAGUGUCUCUACUGUGGAGACUAUCCGGUCAGGUGAGUGUCUCUACUGCGGAGACUAUCUGGUCAGG